AUGCGGCGCACUCUCCAAUCGGUCCUGCUGCUGGGCCUGUCGUCGCUCGCGGCAGCCAUCUUCCAGGACGAGGUCGAUGACAUCGACUUCCACCACGCCCUGGUCGGCGUCCCGCAGGUCGAAACCACCUUCUUCCACCGGCCGAAAAAGGACGAGAAGGCGAGCUAUCUAUACACGCUCAGCGAUGUUGGCAUCCUGGGAGCGGUGAACCCCAACUCGGGCGCUCUUGUCUGGCGCCAGCAGAUUGCUGACGGCGUCUCCAAUGGCGGCGGCCACUUGAGGGCCCCCGAGGGCGAGAAUUGGGUGGCGGCCGCGUAUGGCCAGCGAGUCCAGUCGUGGGCUGCGUUGAGCGGCAGGAAUCUGUGGGAGGUCGAGUUUGGCGGCGAGGUCAAGGACUUGGAGAUCAUGGAGCUCACUGAAAGCGCGCGAAAGGACGUCCUCGUCUUGUCUGAGGAGGAUGGCGUCACGGUUCUGCGGAGGCUCCAUGGCGCUCUGGGGACUACCGUUUGGGAGUUCCGCGAAGUCUCCAAGGACAUUCCCCUGCAGGUGUCCACAAGCCUCACCAACGUCUACGUUGUCAGUCUUCACGGAUCGCCUUCUUCGUACAGCUUAAAAGUCACUUCCUUGGAGCCUGCUACGGGAGGACGAGUUGAUCACUGGACAGUUGGCACCAAGGGUGAAGUCCACGAGUCAAAGGAUGUCAUGUUUGUUGGCGCAAACUCGGCGGCUCCGAUUUUGGCAUGGGCCAGCAACGACUUGACCAAGCUCAAUGUUCAUGUCCUCGGCACAAAGACGAAGCAAGAGUUCCCUCUCAUCGCUGAUACCGUCUCCGUCACCAUCCAUGCCCCUCACUUGAUCCAGUCUCAGCCCCAUUUCUUGGUUCACACCCGUACCACGACCGGCAACAAGGGCGAGGUCUUCCAUACCGACUUGAAGACUGGCCGCAUCACCAAGGCAUAUGAGCUUCCCCUGCUCCCCGGACUUGGCACCUUCUCUACCAGCUCCGAGGGCGCCAAUGUCUACUUCACCCGUGUAACCGAAGACGAGGUGCUUGUGGUGUCUUCCGACUCUCACAGCAUCCUGGCCCGUAACUCUCUCGAUCCCGAGGCCCGUACAGGAGCUAUUCACGCAGUCUCUGAAGUCAUCAAAAAGGCUGGCGGUAAAGAGUUUGCUAUCCGCUCCGCCACCGUCACCGCAGCACAAGACUGGAUUCUCAUUCGAAACGGCAAACUCGACUGGACUCGCCACGAGGGGCUCAGCGGUGCUGUCGCUGCGGCCUGGGCGGAGAUCCCAGAAGCUGAGGAUCUGGCCAAAGUGCUCGCCGAAGAGGCACACACCAACCCCUGGAAUGCAUAUGUCCACCGUCUCACUCGACAUAUUAAUGACCUUCAGUAUCUCCCCGACUACCUUGCAUCAGUCCCAACCCGAGUCAUCGAGAGCAUCACUGGUGGUGCCGUCCUGGUAUCAAAGACGGAAGGCCUUCAUCGUGACUCAUUUGGUUUCAACAAGAUCAUUAUCCUUGCCACCCGCCGAGGUCAAUUCUAUGCUCUUGACACAGGAAAUCACGGCCAAGUUGUCUGGUCUGCUGACGUUUUCCCUCAAUUUCCUGGUGCCGCUCUGGAGGUAAAAGGCAUUGUAGUCAACGACUCGGAGGGCACAGUCACCGUCCGAGGCUCCAAAGGUGAAUUCGCUGUCAUCACGGUGGCUGAUGGAAAAAUUCUCGAGGUCCACUAUGGCGAUGACUCGGCUGUUGUCUCUUCGACUGCAGUCGUUGGCAGCGAUGGCAGCAAAUGGCUGCUUGCUUUUGAUCAAGAUAGAAAGCCAAUUGUCGAUGCCCUCAAGGGUCGCUCUCUUGAUCAGACCAUUGUUAUCCGAGACGAGAAUGACAUCAUCAAGGGAGUCAAGUUCUCCGACGAAGACGGCCAAGUUACUAGGAAUGAGAUUUGGCAGCUUCAGCUGCUCCCAGGCCAGAAGAUUGUGAGCAUCGCCAAGCUUCCCCCCCAUGAUCCCAUUGCCUCUAUUGGCCGUGUGCUGGGAGACCGAACUGUCAACUACAAGUACUUGAACCCCAACAUCAUUGUCGUCGCGGCUAUUGACAAUGCUGCGGCUGCUCUUUCGGUUUAUGUCGUAGACACUGUUUCCGGCCAGCUGCUUGCAUCGCAAGUAUAUGAUGGCGUGGAUGGCGACAAGGACAUUUCCUGCACACUGUCCGAGAACUGGUACAGCUGUGCCUUCUUUGGACAGUAUACUCUGGACGACGGCACGAACCGAGAUAUCAAGGGAUACCAGGUUGUUGUGUCUGACUUGUAUGAGUCGCCAAAUCCGAAUGACCGUGGCCCUCUGGGUGAGGCGGAAACUUUCUCCCCUCUGGAUCCCGUUGAUACACCGACUGGUGUCCCUCUGCCGUGGGUGGUGUCCCAGACUUGGAUCAUCUCAGAGCCCCUGACCAACCUGACUGUGACUGAGACGCGCCAAGGCAUCAGCAACCGCCAGCUCCUGGCCUACCUGCCCGAGUCUCAUGCUGUCCUGGGCAUCACUCGCCACGGAAUUGACCCUCGUCGGCCUGUCGGUCGGGACCCGUCUGCGGCGGAGAUGGAAGCAGAAGGCCUCAUGAAGUACACACCGGCCAUUCAGAUUGAUGGCCGGAACCUGCUUACGCACGAGCGCGAUAUUGUUGGUGUGAGGGGCAUCGUGGCCACGCCGGCCGUGGUCGAGAGCACAAGCUUGGUGGUGGCCUAUGGCAUCGACGUCUUUGGUUCUCAAGUUGCGCCUAGCGGGACGUUUGACAUUCUGGGCAAGGGAUUCAACAAGAUCACUUUGUUGGGUACAGUGGUGGCGCUCACAUGGGGAGUGGUGAUUUUGGCGCCUAUGGUUCGGAGGAAGCAGAUCAACCGAAAGUGGGAAGCGUUCUUGUAGAAACGACGAUGUGAUAGAGGCGAUAGAUCACGGACACCGCGUGCUGGAUUUAUUAAUAGGUAUCGCGCACUCUUACUUUUGGGCUCGCGCUUUAAUGUGUAUGAACAGAAUAUGAAUGAAAGGUAUUUUCGUUAUCAUUUUGGAUAACAAGUUGUCAAACAAGUUGUCUAUGCUAGCUGGUUUAUCGUGUGCCCUUUUCUUUAUCUUACAUCUUUCCCUCAGUACAUCUCUUUGCCACUUACGCUUCAGGCCAGUUGCCAGUGAUUGUAACGCAGCCUCCAUUCGAACUCUGGCCAAUGCCGUCCUCGCUCAGAAACGCCGCGUAUCUGGCCACAUGGCUGAUGGGCACAUUAAUCGUCUUAGGAUGCGCCCCCUGGAUGGCCAUUAGUCCCUCCUUGUGCAUAC